CUCAUGAGGCAAGCCGCCGAACUCUUAAACUCUCCUGCUGCUAUGCAAAUUCGGUAUCUUGAAGCAAUGGCUUCAAUGUCAAAAACUUCGGGGUCAAAAGUAAUUUUCAUGCCUUAUUCUCCUGGGCAAACCCAAUCUUUUGGAGCUACCAAUGAAGCAAGUUCUAGCA